CUCCAUGUUGGUUUCUCUCUCUCUUUCUCUCUAAAAUUUCUCCUCUCUUUAGUGAGACUCGAUCUCUCUGCAACUGAGACCGAAGCGAAGAACGGGUUUCUCAUCUAAUCGGUGAGAUUUCUCUCAUCCCAUCUAAAAUUUUGUUUUAUUUUCUAUCCAAUCCAUUGAUGGACGAUUGGUUCCAACUUAUCCGAUCGUCAAUUUCAAUCACUUGUUCUUUUUAGGGUUCUUCAUUUUCGUUUCUUUUAUAUUUUCUGUCUCCAUCUCCUGAUUCUCCCUUAAAUAUGGGCUGCACUGUAAGAGAGAAGCAUCUCGGAAGCAGUCGGAAACCUCGAUCGAUGAAACUUGACAUCGAUACCCACCACCCGGACAGAGCCGGGCUCGCCGCUACCCUGCAUGAUUUCGGCCUGAAACUACCUGAUCAUCGACUCUCCGAUGAUGGUGAACACCACAGGAAUCCUAAUUUUAAUCCUAUCUCUAAUUACGAUGAGGCUGGUUGGGGUUACUGUACUGAAGACCAAUUAGAAGAACUACUAUUAAAGAAUCUUGAAUUCUUGUAUAAUGAAGCGAUUACGAAACUAGUUGCCCUUGGAUAUGAUGAAGAUGUUGCCUUGAAAGCAAUCCUCCGUAAUGGGCAUUGCUAUGGUAGCAUGGAUGUUCUAACCAACAUCCUCCAAAACUCGAUUGCUUAUCUGAACAGCAGCUGUAGCAGUAACAAUGGGAAUUCUGAUGAACCAGAAUCGGUUUUUGUGGAUUUGAGGCAACUUGAGGAGUACUCUUUGGCAGGUAUGGUUUGCCUGCUCCAGCAGGUUCGACCUCAUUUAAGUAAAGGGGAUGCUAUGUGGUGUCUCCUCAUGAGUGAUCUCCAUGUUGGCCGAGCUAGUACCAUGGAGAUCCCAGUCCUGCCUCCCUCUAAUGCUGGUAGUAGUCCUACCAUUGGUAAUGCUGAAACUGUAAAUGGCCACACCAUUGGGAUUUCCCCUGGGCUCUGUAAAUUUCAUGGAGGCUGGGGGUAUGGAGGUGGAGGACCUUGUGAUAUUCCUGUUUAUGGGGGGUUCUCUUCAUGUUUUGGAACUACAUUGACAAAAGACAUUGAAUGUCCAAAAAGGUUUAAUCUAUCCCCGUCGAUGAAGUCUCUAUUGAAAAGGAAUGUUGCAAUGUUUGCUGCGGGAUUCCGGGCCAACACAAAAGCAACUAUGGUACAAACUCAGGUGCAAUCACAGUCUUGUCCUAGCUCUUUGUCGAAUGGUGAACAACCCACAGGGAUUGUAUCUGGAUCUGAAGUCCUAUCUGAGCAUCUUGAGGAGCCUCGAGAUUUGCAGAACACGGAUGUGGUGAACUCUGUGUUGAGUAGCUUGGGUAACUUGAGUCUUGAUGAUAAGCCGGAUGGUAGAUCAGUUGAUCAUAAGAAUGAGGUGAUCAUGAAUCUAAUCCAUCAGAUUAGGGAACUUGAGGGACAGGUGAAGGAGAGGAAGGAGUGGGCCCACCAGAAAGCAAUGCAAGCUGCUAGAAAGCUUGGCAAUGAUCUCACGGAGCUCAAAAUGUUGAGGAUGGAGAGGGAGGAAACCCAACGUUUGAAGAAGGGUAAACAGGCUCUUGAGGACACUACCAUGAAGAGACUCUCAGAGAUGGAGAAUGCUCUUAGGAAAGCAAGCGGUCAAGUUGAUCGUGCAAAUUCAGCUGUGAGACGGCUUGAAACUGAGAAUGCUGAGAUCAGGGCAGAGAUGGAAGCUUCCAAGUUGAGUGCAUCAGAGUCCGUCAAUACCUGUUUGGAGGUUGCAAAAAGGGAGAAAAAGUGCCUUAAGAGGCUUCUGGCAUGGGAGAAACAGAAGGCUAAGUUGCAGGAGGAGGUUGCUGAGGAGAAACAGAAGAUUGCCCAGUUACAACAGCAGUUGCAUCUGAUCAAGGGGACUCACAAGGAAACUGAUGGGAAGUGGAGGCAAGAGUUGAAGGCUAAAGAGCUGGCCAUUGCUCAGGCGGAGGAGGAAAGAAGAUCCAAGGAUGCAACUGAGGUUAGUGUCAAAAGAAAGCGGGAAGCCUUGCAACGCAAAAUAGAGAUCGACUUCCAGCGUCAUAAGGAUGAUAUCCAAAGACUGGAACAGGAACUCUCUCGCCUCAAAGCAUCAGCAGAAUCUACCCAGCUUAAUUGCUCAUCAAAUACCUUGUGCACAGGAGAUGAAACAGCUAAGUCCCAGAAAGAAAUAAGUGCAAGAAUGCAUCCAGAACUGAACAAAUUGCAAGAUUCUUCAGAUAAAGAGGAUAACUUCGACAGGGGGUGCCUAAUUUGCAUGAAGGAUGAAGUUUCGGUUGUUUUCCUUCCAUGCGCUCAUCAAGUACUGUGUGCCAAUUGCAAUGAGGAAUAUAUCCAAAAGACCAAAGCUACUUGUCCAUGUUGCCGUGUUCAGAUUGACCAGAGAAUCCGUGUUUAUGGUGCAAGCUCCUAGUUCCAUUGAAGAAGUGCCCUGGAACAAUCCUUUGGUGGAUUGAAAAUAUACUUACUUUCUUACAGUUGGAGUUGCUGGCUUUGUUUUUACUUGCACCAUAGAAUAUAUCCAGGUGUGUCAGCAUCGUUAGCUUCAAUAAAAGAAUAGAUUCUCUCCCAGGCUGUUCUUUGAUUUUUGAUAAGAGGAGUGCAUAAUAUUUGGUGAAUAAAGUUGAUCAUGUGAAUUGCGUUACAAAAAAUGGGAUUUAAGAAAAUGCCUGUUGCUUCUGUAUUUCUUAUUUUCCAUAUGUCAGAUAAUGUUGAAAGAACAGUUAUAUCAAAUUGCCAAUAAUUGCAAAAGUUCAAUUUUAGUUGUGCAUUGAA